AUGACAAUGUCGAUGCUGUCUCCUUUUAUGAUUCCUCAAAGAGUUGUUCAGGGUAAAAGGAAGGUGCAUGCAAAAGAUGGAUCUCAACCAUGGAAGGCAAAAAAUAAGGCAAAGAAAUCCGCAGGUGAUUGUGUAGAUGGAUCAUCAGGUUUGGAAGCACGCUGUGAUAGAUCGAGGUUAUAUACUCCAAUCUAUAUGGAAGAAAAAGAAAAAAGCUGGAGUAUGGUUGUACAUAAUGCUAAGGUUGUGCGUAGGAAUGUGUUGGUCAAAAGAUACAUCAAGGCGAAGGUAAAAGCACAACGGGGCAAACAUUUAUCAACGGGCAAAGUUGUUGCGCACCAUGAAGUCAAAGACGGAGGAUCAUCCGUUGUUUUUUAUGAAAUCACACCGCAAAAAGACGGUGGAUCAUUGGUUCAUUAUGUUGGGUUGGGGCAUGGAGAUAGAGUUAAAGAUCGAAAGAGGAAAACAGUUGAAAGAAAUGUAGACACUGUGAAUGUUGUUGUUAUUGAUAAAACAAAAUUGCAUGGAACAAUAAUACCUAAGAAGGGGGUACAGGAAAGAAGUCUCAACGAAGGGAAGCAGUUGUUUUGA